AUGGGCCUUUUCUCUUUGCUGGCUUCGGCAGCGCUUGUGUGCGUGCUCUGCAUAAGCGCUGCCAGCGCAUCGAUGCACACAUAUCUGGGCGGUGAUGAGAUCAAAGUCCUUGCUGGCAAAAUACACCCGCGCGCCAACCCAUACGAGACUUACGAGUAUAUAGAAGCGCCGGGGUGUACUUUGCAAGAAAAUGAGAACCCACUCACUCUUGGUGAGCUUCUUGCAGGUGAGCAUGCCUCUACUUUAGCCACGGAUAUUCGAUUCAACCACAACACCAGCGGUAGGAUUCUGUGCAAACGCGAAUUUGAUCAGUAUGAAACAAAUGUUUUCAAAGUUAUAAUCCGAAACAACUAUCGUUAUGAACUCACCAUUGACGACCUACCGGUGUGUGGUGCGUUCGGCGAAGAAACCAGUGACAAGGAAAUUUUCAUUUUCCUUCACCAGACAUUUUACAUUGGUGUGAACGGAAAUGAAAUUGUGAACGUCACGAUGGAGACGAGCUCCCCAGCGAAACUCGAAAUUGGUACCGUUUACACCUUUACCUAUUCGGUAGUUUUUGAGCUGUCGAGCGUGGAGUACGCCAAUCGAUUUUCGGCCGUGUUCGAAACGCGCCACGUCAGCUCACGAACGCGGUUCGCCUCUCUUAUCAACACGAUCUUGAUUGUGUUGCUCCUUCUCUCCCUCACAGCACUCAUUUUUUCACGAACGCUGCGCAACGAGCACGUGAAAAUAGAAAAGGAGGCGCAGUUUCGUUUCGAAGUGCAUGACAUCAUCGACGAAUCAGGGUGGAGGUCUCUGUACGCGGAUGUAUUCCGGGUGCCGCGAUAUACUGGAAUAUUUUGUGCCAUCCUUGGGUGCGGCGCGCAGCUUCUGUUGCUGACAACCUUGGGCAUUUUUCUGUCCGUCGUGAGUAACUAUCGUAUCUCGAUGAACCACAAUUUGGUGACCUUUACUGUGUUCGGCUAUGUCUUCACUAGUGGCAUUGCUGGCUUUGUGUCCGGAUAUCAGUUUAUGGGAUGUGGCUUUCUGGCACCGCACAUGGCAUCGAAGUGGAUUCAUGCAUUUCAUGUUACUUUCCUCUUGGUACCGGUGAUUUACGCGACGGCAUUUCUUCCCUCAUCAGCUAUGGCAAUGAUAUACACAUCAUCGCAACUUCCAUACUUCAAAGGUAUCAUGAUUGUCCUGUGCUUGUGGGCCUUUGUGGCAUACCCGCUGUGCCUCGCCGGUGUUCUAUGCGGCCGUUACGUGUUUCGGCGAACGGAGCGGAAAAGAAAUAUUCCGCACGUCAAUCAAAUUCCACGCCUCAUUCCACGGCCACCGCGGAAAUAUCUAGCACCUCGCUACCUGUUGUUGGUGAGUGGUAUCUUUCCUUUUAUCACUGUCUUCGUGGAAUUCAGCUUUGUUUUCACUUCCGUCUGGUCAUUCAAGCUUUUUCACUUGUACGGAUUUCUCACCAUUACAACAAGUCUUUACAUCGUCGUAACCGCGUGCGUGUCGGUAGUUGCGACUUUUGUGCUGCUGUCGACGGAGAACCAUUACUGGAAAUGGAUGUCAAUCGGCUUUGGGGCAUCCUGCGUGGUUUACGCUUUUCUCUAUGCGAUCUUCUUUUAUCUUUUCAAGACCUCCAUGCAUGGGCCGUUCAUGUUUGUGCUGUACUACUCAUAUUGCUUUGCGUUUCUGCUGUUUUUAGCUCUUAUAGGUGGAACGGUGAGCUAUUUCGCUGCCUCUUACUUUGUGAAGGCGAUUUAUGCGCAAGCAAAGAAUGACUGA